ACCAGGUGUGGGCGUGGCUAAAUGUCGUGGGUGUGGAUGGAAAGGGUCAGUUUCAAGGUGUACAAUUGUUGACUGAAACAAACACCUCAGRCACGACAACCACAAAGGUUUCACACCUUUUAACCACAGGAUUUGAGUCAUUGAAGGAAUUUACCAAAGGGACAGUUGUUACAUUUGAUCAACAUUUUAAAUAAAUCUCUCUCACGCGUUGAUUUGAAACUUCUUGGACCCCAGGGAGGGAGGACUAUAGUCCCGUGCAUUUAAAGUGUCUAAAUCGUUUUGAUUGAUCGAACUGUCUACCAACUGGAUUUAACGCUGAAAUAAUUGAAGAAAAUGAAUUCCGCAAGAUUUGAAUACGAGGGGCAGAACGGGCGGCAUGAGCAGGUCACCUUCCUGGAUAACAAAGAGAAGAUGGCAUCGAAGAAGAAGASUGGAGUGAUAGUGGGAGUCCUCAUCGCUCUGCUUGUCUUGGCAGCCGUGGCAGGAAUCCUCAUCUGGCUCUUUGUUAUCAAAGGCAGGGAGUCGGCGGCCACCAUAAAUAUGAAGCGUGUCCCAGCUCAGCGGGUGUAUAGCGGGCACAUGAAACUGGACAACGUGCCCUACAACCAGAAUCUGGAGGACCCCACCAGCACAGAGUUCCAAAAGCUGGCAGACGACCUGGAAGAGAUACUUAAGAUUAACUACAAACAAGUUGAGUUCCUCUCCAAGUACUACACCACAUCUGUGGUGACRGCCUUCAGUGAGGGGGUGCUGGCCUACUACUGGACCCAGUUUGACAUCCCGGCAACGGACCUGGAGAUGCUGCCAGAGUUCUCUGAGGAGCGGGUCCUGGAGGUACUGUGGAAUGGCAUCAGGGAGCAGGGCAAACGCUCCGGCCAGAGCCUCCGCAUCAGCCAAGUCACUGCCUCACGCACAGACCCCAGGAUGGCCCGGAACCCAGAGCCGGUGAGUAAACCCACUGUCUCCCGUUUCAAUCACACGCCGCUGUAAUUUUCCAGCCCGCUAGAUGUUCACCCCGCUGCUGCCAGUCUGUGACGAAUGCC